AUGGUACUCAGGGUGCGAGCGGAAGGGCGUGGGGCCAACGGGCCUAUCGAGGUGGCUGGUAGGGUGAUAGGUUCCGCCCACGUCUGGAAGAACAUAAUCAUCCCUGGUCCAGUGCUGUGCUGGCCGGGCUGGAGUAGCGUGGCUGGUGUGUGGGAUGCGGUGCUAGUACGUUGCCAGGGGCACACGUCGAAGUGGGUGGGGCCAAUGGGCCUUGUUGAGGCUUACGGUGACUGCUUGCGUCCGGUGGCGUAUUUCUCCGCUAAACUUGACUCCGUGGCUGCUGGUCUUCCUUCUUGUCUCCGUGCCGUCGCUGCAUGUGAAAAAGCUGUGGCUGCGUCACGUCACAUUGUCGGGUACACCACCGUUCUUCUAGACAUGCCAAACAUCACCGUGAAGCGCUGUACCACGCUCAGCCCCGCCACACUUCUUCCCACUGCUGAGGAUGGACACCCUCAUUGUUGUGAGACCGCUUUGGAACAGACAUGUUCCCCCCGCCCUGAUACCACUGAUGUGCCUUUUUCAAACCCUGACUUUGUUUUCUUCACAGAUGGUUCCUCUUUUAAGGACACUUCGGGAACAAAUAGGGUUGGUUUUGCGGUGUGCACGUCCGUUGACACGGUCUCCUCAGGCCCCCUGCCCUCACAUUAUUCAGCACAGGCGGCUGAGCUCGUCGCUUUGACUGAGGCCUGUAAGCUGGCUGAGGGCUGUUCUGUCACUAUCUAUACUGAUUCCAGGUAUGCCUUUGGCGUGGUUCAUGACUUUGGGGCCCUGUGGAAACACCGCAAAUUCUUGAAGUCAGACGGUAAGCCGAUCCUUAAUGCAUCUCUUGUGGCAAAUUUGUUGGAUGCUGUUCUUCUUCCCUCUGCUAUUGCAGUUGUGAAAUGUCAGGCACAUCAGAAGGAUGACUCUGAGGUCACACAGGGGAACUCCCGAGCGGACGCAGCUGCCAGGGCUGCUGCUUCUAUGAAGCCUGCCUCCUCCUUUUUGUCUCAGCUUUUUUCUGGGGCUCCUCCCGCCUCCCUUCCCGACACGCAGUCAUUUGCCACUCCUGACAAAAGGUGCAUCUGGGCUUCUUGUGGCUGUGCAGUGGAUUCUUCUUCUGUGUGGCGGGCAGCUGAUGGGCGACCUUGUCUGCCCAAACAUUUCUUCCCCUGGUUUGCUAAGCUGACAUAUGGCAUAGAUCAUGUGUCUAAGGGAGGAAUGUUCGAGGCUAUUGCAUAA